CCCACAGCCACUAAACUUAUCCCACGAACCAAACACACCCCACAUCACGGCCCGGCCGCCGCCACCCGCCGACCUCGCCGCCGGCCAUGGCCCCUACAGCCGUCGCCCCCAUCCUCUCCCCAUCCCCUCCCCUCCCCUCCCCUCAUCUCAUCUGGUGAGAAGGCAAGAAAGAGGGAGGGAGAUCGACCGAGCAGGCCAGGCCAGGUCAGGCGGCGGCCAGAUUCGCCAUGGGCGUCAACUUAUUCCUCGACUUGGAGCUCAACCGCCUUCCGCUCCCGCCUCCUCGGCUCCCACCAUGGAGAUGGAGGGCCUUCUUCUAUCGUGCCCGCCCGCCAUGGAGCCGCCGCCUGGACCUCGUCGACGUUCGUCUCCUCCUUCCGGCCUCUCUCUUCAUUUCGAUUUUGCCGCGGUAGGUUGAGCGGCCGGUCAAAGUGACCGAGACGACGCCAACAACCCAAGCAAGCUCGAGGCCUGCCCCUUCUGGAAAUUCGCGGGAUCCGCCAUGGCUGUCCUGUCAGUUUCUUCUUCAACCUGGAGCUCCAUCCCCACACUCACCUUCCGACCCGGACGCCAUGGAAGGAAGAUUAAUUUCUCUGUUGUGCAGUUUCCUCACGCACACAUCUUUAUGGAGCACUGCUCCAUGGAGCUCGUCAAGGAUCCGCCAUGGGCGUCAGCUUCUUCUUCAACCUGUAGCUCCAUCCCCAUGGUCACUGUCCACGCGGCUGCUCCGACCCCGACGCCAUGGAAGGUUCUUAUUUUAUUGUACAAGUUUGAGUUGGUGGAUGAGACACUCUUUCUUACCGUGACCAUGAUAGGCAUAUUUUGGGAAAAACAAGUGAUGCCAAGCAAGAAGUUGCAGUUAGUUGUAGUGACGGCUAUGCUUUUUGCAUGCAAAUAUCUGGAAGUCUCAGUUCCACUUGUUGAAGAUUCAGUGCUUAGUUAUGACCAUGCUUAUACGGAAGGACAAAUUCUGGAAAUGGCUGAGACCGAGUACGAGGAUAAUGUGGAGGAUGCCCCCCUCAUGGAUAUCGACAGCGCCUACUCAGGGAAUCUCCUGGCCGCAACUGAGCACGUCAAAGAGAUUUACAAGUUCUACAGAGAAAAUGAGAAGUUUGAGUUGAUGGAUGAGACACUCUUUCUUACCUUGAACAUAAUACACAAAUUCGUGGGAAAACAAGUGGUGCCAAGCAAGAAGCUGCAGUUAGUUGUAGUGACCGCUAUGCUCCUUGCUUGCAAAUAUGAGGAAGUCUCAGAUACACUUGUUGAAGUUCUAGUGCUAAUUUAUGACCAUGCUUGCAUGAAAAGAAAACUUCUGGAAAUGGUAGAGCGGACGGCCAGCGACCAGGACGACGCUCACAACCCAAGUAAGCUCGAGGUCUGCCCGUAUCUCCACAUUCGUGGGAUCCGCCAUUGGUGUCAGCUUCUUCUUGAACCUGGAGCUCCAUCCAGACAGUCACCUCGGCUGCUCCAACCCCUACGCCAUGGAAGGUGUUUUCACCGAGUUGACUCGAGAGAUGCAAGUAAAAGGUGUACAGGUAGAGCGGCCGGCCAAUGACCAAGACGACGCCAAUAACGGAAGUAAGCUCGAGGCCUGCCCCUUCUGCACAUUCGUGGGACCCACCAUGGGUGUCAGCUUCUUCCUCAACCUAGAGCUCCAUCCCCACAGUCAUGGUCCGCGCGGCUACUCUGACCCCGAUGCCAUGGAAGUGUGAAGCACCUCCUCCCACCUGCAUCUUCUUCCUUCCACGUCGUUGCCGGUGCCUCCAUGGAGGAGCAGCAAAGGAGGCUUGGUCAAUGCCUACUGGCGAGGCUUGCAAGCGACGUGCCUAGUGGAUGGGUCCAGAACAAACCGCUGCAGAUUCGCCGCCUCAACAAGGUCUCGCUCCUGCCUUGGGGUACACAAGCUGUGUCAGGAAGCUGUGGAUCCCAUAUGACCAUGGUGUGGACCCUGUAGCUUCCCCUGUCUGCAACAGCUUCUGGAUCCAAGAUUGAUCUGGUAGCUAUGGUCGCAACGAUAAAGCACUACGGCGCUAGUGAAGUGCCUUCGAGCAGUCUUAUGUUGGUUUAACAAGCCGCAUGUUUUGUCCACAUGAUUCUUGAAUGAGAGAAAAGAAUACACUGGUGCUGCAUUGUGUUUCUAGUUUCUUGUGUUACCCGACUACUUGUGUUGUUAUUAUGACAAUAGGAAUUCAGAAACAUAUAUUCCUGUAAUCUUGAUAACAAAAGGAGGAGCACAAAUCCCAAAUCUUUCUUGGCCCAAUCUUGUUAUUAUUAGAGUCUUAUAAGUUCAUGUCC